AUGCUUCUGAGGCCGGGGACGAAGACAAUCCUCUGGAGACGGAAGGGAAUAAAUCUCAAGAAGAGCCCUGAUCUGUUGGAAUUCCGAGCGCUUAAAAUUUCAGCCCUGAGUCAAGCAAAUGCUCAGAAAAAGAAGACGAAUGAGCUCAUGGGUCAAAGAAACCCGGAAGACCGACUCUUCAUCAGCCAAAAACGCGCCUCUGAUAUUAUGGCUGGAGCUGCCGACUUCAACCAGCUCAAAUACGAACAAGAGGAAAAGAAGUUAGAAGUAGAAGCUUCGAAAAUCGCUAGAGGUGGAAGUGUCUAUUUCCUUUGCAUGGCACUUGUAGCGAUGUACGUUUGGAUUCUCAGACAAAGAUCAAAUAAAGAACAUGUCGCCAAAAAGGUCGAAACCUUGGGAAGAGCUAGUUUGGAGGGCAAGUUCGACCUUGUUCAGACAAAAGAUGGAGAAGCAUUUUCUACUGAUGAUCUUCUUGGAAAAUGGUCUCUUAUCUAUUUUGGCUUCACUCGCUGCCCUGAUGUUUGUCCUGAGCAGCUAGAAAAGCUGGCAUAUGUUAUUCAGUCUGUUGAAGAAACAAAGAAGAACCCAAAGUCUGAAAUGGCUGAUGUGGAAAUCGUUCCUCUUUUUAUUUCGAUAGAUGUUAGAAGGGAUACUUUUGAAGAAAUUAAUGAAUAUUGCGAGAGUUUCCAUCCGUCCUUGAUAGGUUUAUCAGGAACAGAGAAGCAGGUCGACGCAGCGGCUAAAUCCUUUAGAUUGUAUUUCUCAAAGGGCAUGUAUGGCGAGAGUGAGGAAGACUAUUUACUUGACCACACUGUUGUGAUAUUCUUGCUCAACCCUGAAAAUAAGAUAGAAGAGUAUUUCACCCAAUCCAAGAGUCCUGGCCAGAUAAUAUUCGAAACGCAUCAAGCGAUUAAGAAGUGGAAGUUCCUGGAUGAUUAUAUGGAAGUAGCUCGGCAAAUUGAAGCCAAGAAAGAAGAAGUGCAAAAGAAAAGACUAAAGAAAGCCCUUUCGAAAGAUUAA